AUGCGGCUGCUCGCUGUGGUCACCGACAGCGGCAGGCGGGUGCAGAUCGACCUAGAUGACGCCUCCCUGCUUGAGCGCAUCCGAUCGGGGCAGCGCCUCGCACUGCGCGGCCAGUGGCGGUCGCGGCCCGAGGCAGAGGGCGGGGCGGCGGCGGCUGGAAAGGGCGGCCAGAGGGUAGGGCGACCAGACGGCUGCAGGGGGGCCAGCCGCUGCUUCAGGGCCGCCGCCGUGGACAACCCCGGGGAGGUCCGUGGACGCUGGCGCACUGGCAGAGACGACACGGCAGAGAGCUCUGGUGGCGCAGACGACGGCAGCGAGAGGUGGAGCGAGAGCCCAGGCCGUGGCGGCGACGAAACGACUGACGGCAGUGGUGCUGCCGAGGCAGGCCUCCAGCCGGUCCUCAUGGCGGGCACCACCGUCACCACAACCCCCGCCGAGUCCGGUGGCAGCGCCGCCACCAUCCCACCGUUGAAAAUCGCCACCGGCCUCCCAACAAGCACCAACGCCCUGAUUGCCACCGCGCUGCCCACCAUCAUCAUCCCAAUCGCGGCGGCGACCCCCGCGGGCGCCGCCUGCCCUGGCACGCAGCCCGCCCCGCUGACGCGCGCCCAGCUCCGGCAGAUGGUGUUCCAGGAGCUGCAGGCCGACCCAUCAGUCCCCACCCUGGGCGGCACCUUCAACCUCUGCUCCCACGGCAGGACCCGCCUGACCGCCGCCAAUAGCAACGUCACCGAAGUCGUGCGCCUGCCCUGCUCCGGUCUCAGCUACGGCAUCCCCUGGGACUUCUCCUCCUGCUCCUUUGAUAACUUCAACGGCUGGGCGGACGCCGCCGACGCGGCGCUGACGGCGCGGGGCGUGGACGUGUACCGCUACACGUACCGGGUGUACCUACUUCCCCCGGGGCCCUGCAACUGGCCGGGCCAGGGCGUGGUGGGGUGCACGGGCGACUUUGAGUGCCGGUCGUGGAUCGGAGGCUCUGUGUGGGGGUCACCUCAGGCGCUAGCGCACGAGCUGGGGCACAACAUGUUCAUGGGCCACUCGGGGGCCGCAACGGGGGACAGCUAUGUCGACGAGUACGGCGACUGGAGCUGCCUCAUGGGCUUCUGCUGCUCCGCCCGCUGCCUCAACACCCCCCACGCCUGGCAGAUGGGGUGGAUCAGCGUGCAGCAGCUGAGCGGGGCGCAGCUGGCGGCGGGGCAGCCCCUAGGCCUGCGCCUGGCCAGCCAGGCGGUGAAUGCCAGCAGCGGGGCGCGCAUACGGCCCACGUGGGUGGCAGGCGCCACCCCUGUGUUCCUGGGGUACCGCACCCGGCAGAGGGGGGACGCCCAGCUGGGGCCUGGCCUGGCCGACCGCGUGCACCUCUACACCUCUCCCAUCGCCGGCACCUUGGAUGCCGCCCCCACGGUCUGGCUGGGCGCGCUGGCAGUGGGCCAGACCUUGCGGUAUCCCGCCGGCAAACUGGUAGUCCAGCGGGCGGCCAACGCCGCUGACGGCGCCGCCGUCGUGUCGGUGUGCCGCGUGGCCGGCAACGAGACCGCCGCCUCCUGCCGCCGGGGCUUCGACUUCGAUUGCAACGGGCUGGUGGGAGCCGACGACCCCGGCUGCGCCGCGCUUGCGCUGGCGAGCAGCGGGCGUUGA